AUGGAGCUGUUCAUUCCGGAGGGAUACCAGAAGUUCCAUCGCGUGCACGUGUAUGACCGCAAAUUGAGGCGCGAAGGAUACCAACCGCUGGAUGAAGUGGAUGAUUUAGAGGCCAACAAGUUGACGGUGGAGAAGAUUCUGAACCACAAGGUGGACCCGGCUGACCAUUUGGACGAGCAAAUUGAAAAGCGCCGACAGCAGCUUUCGUAUGAGCCCAAGUUCCCGCGUGUGACAGACUAUUUCUUGAUGGACAAUGCUGAUGCACUGUCGGAGCGUAUGUUGGGCAUCGUCACGAAGCUGACGAAAGAACCCGGAGGAGAUAUUUUUGAACACCCUGUCGAUGUUGAAGAGGUUCCCGAUUACCUGAACUUCAUCACAAAUCCGAUGGAUCUCGGAACGGUCGCUACUCGAAUUGGUCGUGAAAGUUACUACGUUGGACCAUCGGCCACGUCGUUGUUUGCCUCGGAUGUCAGAUUGGUGUUCAACAACUGCAAAACCUACAAUGCAGAAGGUUCAGACAUCUGGCGCGUUGCUGACGAGCUCCUGCGCUGUUUCGAAAAGUGGUUAUACGACUGGGUGCUGUCUCCGACGGCGUGGAUGAAACUUCCUCCUACGGGAGAUGCGGAGCAAGAUCAACAGCUUCAAAAAGAGUUCCGACGUGAAGCUGAAACUUUUUACGACGUUUGGGCAUCGUGGCAAAUUGGCUGUUGUGUGUGCGGUAACAAUGACCACAGCGAAGAGCUAUUGUUGUGUGAUCGGUGCGAUGGUGAGGUGCACAUGCAGUGUGCUACCCCCAAAGUGACUGAGUUGCCUGAGGGCGAGUGGUUCUGUGGAUACUGCCGGGCGCGUUCUAAGUUUAUUGCGAAGGUGGAAGACGUGAAGCAGGAGAUCGCUGAAAAGAAGUCGAACACCAUCGAUGCUGUCCCAUCAGGUGCUACCGAAGACAGUGCCCCCUCGACCUCGAAUGCGUCCCAAACUGCUCCUUCGGACGAGAAGACGGUAACUACUUCAAAACACAUCCCGAACAUCAUUACGGAACGUGUCGAUGGUGACGGAAAGUUCAACAAGAAAACGAAGAAACGAAGCCCUAAAGGAGCUAGCGCGACUAAGAGUUUAGCUCCAAUCAGCGUGAAGGAUCGUGCCGCCACAUUUUUCCUGGUCAAGUGGGUGGGCAUGUCCGUUCGAUUUUCAACCUGGGAACGUCCUGAAGAUAUCGGUGACGAUGAACAGAUCCAGAGAUAUUUCAAGUUCAGCCGCGUACCUAGUGCCAAGGAAAUCAGUGAAACUACGUGCCAGUUGCCGUGCUGCGCUAAACGGCACCAGUACGCUUUAGCUAAUAGCACGAGCGGCAAAAAAUGUUGCGAAAAAGACCGCUUUUGCACUCUGGGGUACGGCCACGAGGGUGACUGCAGUCGCAGUAUUAAGGCGCUGGGCGGGGCAUACGGUAGCAGUGCAUACCAACGACUGCACAUGGCGGAGCAAGUGAAGGCUCAACUGUUUGCCUUUCAUUGCUUGCUGAAUAACCACACACCAGACAAAGAUGUGCUCAAACAGUGUGGAGUGUACACAAACGCGUACGUCACCACGAAGCAACAUUUCGCACCGAAAGCUGUUAAAGACGACGGCGAUGAAGAUUAUUCAGACGAAGAUGGUGAUUCUUCCGACGACGAUGCUGACUUUGACGCCGAGCUCGACUAUCCUAAUCGACCCGCUUUGUACCCAGGAAUCCUGACCCUGGAAAAUGACGACGGCGAAGAGGAGGACGGUGUGGCUGCGGGUCAUAAAAAGAAACCAGAAGAAGAAGUGGGUGAAGUGCUUAGUUCACUUGUUGAACAUGUGGCCCUUGGAUAUCCCACUAAACUGGAGACCGUCAGCGCUGAAGUUCGAUACGAUUCUAGAUAUCCUGCAACCACGUUCGGAACCCGUCAAGCCUUCACUGAGUAUUGCGUUGUGCUCGGUCGAUCUCCAUUCGGUCUCGGAAUGCGCCUUGGCAUUAGCAGCUCUAACAGUGUGUCGGUGCUUGGAUUUCAGAUUCUCGCAAAUGGUAUGAUCGGCCCAGCUCAGGCAUCUGGCGCCAUUUCAAUCGGGGAUGUGCUGGUUGCCGUGAACAACGUUUCGGUGGCUGGGCUUUCUUUCCAAGACGUAGUCAGUUUGAUCAGCGCAUCUCCCAGCAGCAUCUUAUUCCACUUCCAUUCCCCGAGACCAGCGUUCAUGUACCCGCCGUUUUGUCAAGCUAAGCAAGUGACGAUGACCCGUGUGGAACAAAUUCCCGACGACGCGAUUUCUGAAAACUCCAAGUACGCAAACUACAGUUACAACAAGUACAAACGGAUGCUCAAAGUGGGAAUUGCAGACCCAGAGGUUGCAUCGUCAGCUUCAACUCAAACUUUGAUGCAGCACUCGAACUAUAUCGCCCCGAGCGGACCUAUGCAACAUCUGUAUGCUGGUGUCGUCGACAACAGUAUCGACCCCCACGAGCAUUUUGCUAGUUUCCUCCCGGAGCGCAGCAGUACGUCAAAGAGUGGACCGCGUGGUAGUGGCUCUGGUCCAACUGACCGUGGAGAUGCAAAUGAGUUCGUGCCAUACGAACAGUCGCCAACAUACAAAGGUGGCCGUACGUUGCGACAAUAUCAAGUUGAGGGGCUCAACUGGAUGGUUUCCUGCAUCAAAGCCCAGCGAUCGUGCAUCUUGGCGGAUGAAAUGGGACUGGGUAAAACAGUGCAGAUUGUGUCGCUGCUUGAGCAUAUGAAGUCGGAGGAGUCGAUCCGUGGGCCGUUUUUGAUUGUUGUGCCUCUGUCCACGAUCCAGCAUUGGCGUCGCGAAAUUGAGAGUUGGACGGACCUCAACGUGUGCGUCUAUCACGAUAUUGGAGAUCGUACCACCAAGUUUAAUGCUAAAGACAUGCGAGCCGUCAUUCGAAAUCAGGAAUGGUAUUAUCCUGGAUUGGGCAACUCAAUCUUCAAGUUCCACAUCCUGCUGACUACGUUCGAGACAAUUUUGGCAGACUUUGAAGAGUUCGAGCAUAUUCACUGGCGUCUGGUUGUGGUGGAUGAGGCGCACCGUUUGAAGAGUGCAGGUUCUCGGGUGCUAAAAAUGAUGCGUGUUCUCCAUGUUGAUCGCAAGGUGUUGCUGACAGGUACACCCUUGCAAAACAAUACCCAGGAGCUGUGGGUCCUGCUGAAUUACCUGGAACCGGUAAAAUUCGCGAGCCUUGAAGAAUUCAACGCGAGUUUUGGGAAGUUGCACUCACAAGAACAAGUUGUCAAGCUUCAGCAGUUGUUGGCACCUUACAUUUUACGACGCGUGAAAGAAGAUGUGGAGAAGAGCAUCCCGCCCAAAGAAGAAACAAUUAUCUCGGUGGAGCUUACGACACUGCAGAAACAGUACUAUAGAGCCAUCUACGACAAAAACAAGAGCUUUCUGUACCGCGGCACGAAGAACGGCUUACCCACGUUGAACAACAUCCAGCUGCAGCUUCGAAAGUGCUGUAACCAUCCAUUCCUCAUCAAGGGUGUCGAAGAACGAGAGCUAGAAGAGCUCGGCAGCCAUCCAACUCCAGCCCAGGUGAUGGAGAAAACUAUUGAGUGCUCUGGCAAGAUGAUGCUCGUGUCGAAAUUGAUCCCGAAGUUGAAGCGGGAUGGCCACAAGAUUUUGAUUUUCAGCCAGUUCCUGAAGCAGCUAGACUUGCUCGAGCGCUACUGCGAGGCGAACUCUUUUGUCUACGAGCGCCUCGACGGAUCCACUGGUGGAAGUAUGCGGCAGAGUGCAAUCGACCGUUUCUCUCGCCCACACUCGAAGUCUUUCGUGUUCCUUUUGAGCACAAAAGCUGGCGGCGUUGGAAUCAACCUCAUUGCAGCAGAUACGGUAAUUAUCUUCGAUAGCGACUGGAACCCGAUGAAUGAUUUACAGGCGCAGUCGCGUUGCCAUCGUAUCGGUCAGAAAAAGAGUGUGCAGAUCUACCGGUUGGUGACACGCAACACGUACGAGAGCGAAAUGUUCGAUCGUGCUUCACGAAAGCUUGGUCUUGAGCAUGCAGUGUUGGGCACGGCAUCCUUCAAUGAGAAUUCGCAGAUCACGAAGCCGUCAGCGGAGCAGCUAGUGGAAUUGUUGAAACGUGGAGCGUAUGCGCUCAUGGAGGAUGACGAUACGGCAUCUAAAGAGUUUGCUGAGCGCGAUAUUGAGACCAUUUUGAAAGAAAACGCCCGUGUCAUGAUAGUAGGUGGCGGAUCUAAUGCAAACAAGGGGGCGGAUGGCGAUGCGGCUGGGCCGACAUCACCUCGACAGAGGAAAUCGCCGCUGAAGUCAAACAAACGCAAAUCGCUUGGUGGAAUGGCGGUGGACCGUUCGUCUUUUGUUGCAGAGGGAUCCACAGGUGAGCUUUCUGUGGACGACCCCAACUUUUGGGAGAAGGUGCUCCCUGGUGCUGUGUCGGUGGAGAUGCUGAGCUUGAAGCUUGAAGAUGGCAGCGCUGUUAGCUCUCGCCAGGCGAAGAUUAAGUUUAUCAGUAAUCUGGACAUCGCUCUCACCAGCUUGGUCACUGAGAUGAGCUCCGGCAACAGUGCGGACGAUGGUCGCGUGGGAGUUCGAGAUAUUCAGCACGAAUAUGAUAUUGCCAUCCAGGUGCUGAGUACUGUAAGCUCGAAGUACCGCAACGAGUUCUCCAGCGAGCAGAUUGAUCUCGUGAAGGGGUACUUGUCAAAGCUAGAGAAGUCACGGGUCCGAAGCUGUCGACUAGCGCCAUCUCGGACGAAUAUGUUCCAGGAUGAAGAUUUCGACACUCCGAAGAAGAAAAGGCGAAGGAGGAGCACGCCCUCGGGAAGCAGGGCGGCUAGUAGUGAGGAUGAAGCAUACGGUGAUACUCCAGUGAAAAAGCGCGGUAGCAGACCUCGUGGAAGGCCGCCAAAGCACCCGCGAACUGAAGGUGGUAAGCCUCCGACUGCUCUUUUCCAGGCCGGCGCUAUUAACGACAGCGACGAUUUGUGUACUCUAUGCGGUGAUGGCGGAUUAAUUUUGCUGUGCGAUGGCCCCUGCCAUCGCUCGUUCCAUCUUGAGUGCGUGGGGAUGAAAGACGAGCCCAACGACGAGCAGUGGCUGUGCCCAGAUUGUGCGGAGGGGCGUCACAUGUGCUUGAUUUGUAAGCAGGUUGGUGAAAUGGGUGUGGAAUUCGGUGUCACUCAAUGCUCGGUAGCGAAGUGUGGAAGGUUCUACCACAAGGGCUGUCUUGCUAAGAGCUCCCGUGUAGAGUGGGUUGGCAAAAAGCGGUUCCGUUGCCCGAGCCACUUUUGCCACGCUUGCUCCCAGGCCAGUAAGAAGGAAUCCGCCGCCAAAAGCAAGAAGAAAAAGGAUGAUGUCAAGACACACGUGGUGAGCUGCAUCCACUGCUCGCAAGCCUUCCACCCGGAGUGCAUUCCAUCAGCGGACAAAUUCAUUCGGCUCUCAAAGAACCUCAUGAUUUGCGCGAACCAUCUCGACGGGAAAAGACCACCACAAGCUGCUGCAGGGAACGCAUCUCGAUCGGGAUCUACGCAGCGUGCUGGUGCAGCGCUUGCCGCUGCUGCAGCUCAGCAGCGAGAGGAAGUUCCGCAGCAGAUACCUCUUGAUGAGGACGACGAACUUGAUGAGGACGUAUCGACGGAUAGGUCAAGCGGCAAACGCAAGCGUGCGUCGUCGCCGAAAAGGGCGAGCAGUUCUGGCGCGAAGAAGAGCAAAUCUACUCAUUUGGAUGGUGCAGACAAGUCGGUCGUGAAGCCCAAGAUCUGCGCGUUGUGCCACCGCGGAAACGUAAUGGGAGGGGGCGCAGACGGCCAUGGCGCAACUACGGACUCAACGGGCACUGCUACGGCUGAUAUGGCAUUAGAAGGACCAUUCAUCGAGGCCCCGGUGCGGUUAAAAUACGCGGACAAGCCCAAUGAGUCGGUGUAUGUUCACUUGAACUGCGCCGUGCACUCGCCAGAGGUAUACGUGAAGGCGGAUGGACUUAUCAUGAACUUGCCGAAGGCAAUCAAGCGCGGGCGUCAGCUCAAGUGCACCAGUUGCCAUAAACUCGGCGCCACCGUUGGCUGCGUCGUGGCGAAAUGCCGGCGCAAUUACCACCUGCGCUGUGCUGUUGAGAGCGGCGGCGAGAUUGACGGCACGACGUACGCCCUGUACUGCAAACCGCACGCUGCUGCGCGCAAGGAACCGACUCGUGUGUGCGUGUGCAGCGCCAGCGAGGAGGACCCGGUGCUCACACUGGUGUGCUCGUCAUGCUGCACCAAGUUUCACCCGAAGUGCGUCAACAUGUCGGAGCGCCACGCGGCUCGCAUGGCGAAGACGUGGGUCUGCGGGGUCUGCGACGGAUCGGCCGCAGCGAAGCCGAUGACCCCGACUCACGUGCCCGCGGCCAAGGCAAAAACUACACCGCCCACCACUCCGAAGCGCAAGAAAGCCAAGAAGAACCGCCUGAGCAUGCCUCGGAACAAGUCUCGGCCCAAGUCGAAUGACACGACGCACGGGAUUUCGCCGCACAUGGACGCGGACUCGGACAGCGGCGUCUCCACGGACGAGUAG